AUGAGUUUGCUCCGCCCGCUGCGUGGGGGCUGUCACUGUGGCCGCAAUCGUUACAUCAUCGAUGUGCCAGAAAACGAGACCGAGCUGGCCCAGGUCAUUUUCAACACAGACUCCCUGCACCGCAGUUCCCUGGCCACGCCCUUGGCCGCCUUCCUGCGCGUGCCCCUCGCGUGGCACCGCAGCUCGACGACGUCCUUCUUCCCUGACGAGACGCACGCCAUGAUCCACCGCGUCUUCGAGAGCCAGGACCCGGCGCAGCGGCAGACAAAGCGCUACUUCUGCGGGUACUGCGGCACGCCGCUGUCCUUCUGGACGGAGCGGCCCCAGCGCGAGGCCGAUUUCAUCCAGCUGACGCUCGCGAGCCUGGCCGGCGAGGACCUGCGGGAUCUCGAGGACAUGGGGCUACUGCCUGAGCUCGAAGAAGCCAGGUCGCCCGAGCCUGAUUCUGAGCCUGACGUCGAGCCUGAGAACAAGUCUGGCGUCAGGACGAUACAGGCGACGAGGGGCGCGGCUGCCAACAGGGAAUCCCAGAGCGUGCCUUGGUUCAACAGCCUCGUCGAGGGUUCCCGACUAGGAAAGACGGUGCGGCAGGGCCACAGUAUCACGGAGAGCAGGGGCCGCACGACGACUGUCAAGUGGGAGAUUGUUGAGUGGACCGAGGACGAUGAUGACCGAGACGGCAACGCUGCGCCAGAGGUCGAGGAUGUGGACAUGAGCAGCGGGAACAACAGCAAUGCUGGCCCCAAGACUGGCAAGCGCAAGCUGCGCGACCGCGGCGACUCGGAUGCGGCUGCAGAAGGCACGCGCUGA